CUAGCGCUUGUCGUCAUGUCAUUUUCGGGGAAUUUACCACUCUUCGCUCGUACUUUCACCUCGCAGCGAGCCCUCUCUGCGUCGGGCGCGACGACGGUCCUGAGAAGAUAGGGGGAGACCGAUGGCCUAUGUUGACAAGAUUUCGGGCAUCAUGACGCCCCGGACCCACGAGAGCGAUGAAGACCGCAGAGCACGGCUGUCUGCGGAGGAGGAGGCAAAGAGGUUGUCGGAUAUGAUCGACGAGGAGCUCAGGGCACAGGAAAGGGCGGAGAAGAAGGGCCCGAAGCCCAUCAAGAUCCUGCUUCUCGGGAAAUCGACUACGUUGAAGAACUUCCAGCUCAUGAAUUCGCCGAAAGCCUUUCGCGCGGAACGGGCAUCGUGGCGCGCAGUGAUCCACCUCAACGUCGUCCGUUCGAUCCGCAUCAUCCUCGAUGUCAUGACAGAAGCGCAAUCAGCCCAAGCGCAGCCACACUCCCCCAACGGCGCGCGCCCCUCCAGCAGCCGCUCUCCGUCUGAGUCGAGCACCCGCAUAUACCCGCCGCUCACUGCGGACCACCUGAAGCUCAAGAUGCGGCUCUCACCACUGCUCCAGGUUGAAAAGGCACUCAUCCGGAAGCUCACGCCACCCGGCUCCGCCGAGUUCGAGGCGACCCACCUCGCGCAGGCCUCGAACGUGAGCUACAUGGAGCGCCUGCGCCAGAAGGAGGUCGCCAUAAACUCCCUAUUCGCGUGGAAGGGCGUCUUUGGCAGGCUGAUGCUGGAUGGCCGCGAUAGCGUAGAGAGUCGAGAAGGUAUCGACUGGGACGACCCGGAGGAUAUGAUCCGUCUAUGGAACGACGACACCAUUCGUGCGCUGCUCCAAGUGCAAGGUGUCAGGUUAGAGGACCAACCUGGAUUCUUCCUCGAUUCGCUAGAACGAGUUACUUCUCCCCGAUACGUCCCAACAGAUGAGGACAUUCUCCGUGCCCGACUUAAGACGCUAGGUGUGACGGAAUACCGAUUCGCGAUCAAAGAAGGUACAAUAGGCGGGAUUACGCGGGAUUGGAGGGUGUUUGAUGUCGGCGGACACAGAUCACUAGUGAGCGUAGCGCUACCAUCACUCACGGCAUGGGCGCCCUACUUUGACGACAUGAAUGCAAUCCUCUUCCUCGCACCCAUCAGCUGCUUCGACCAAAUGCUCGAAGAAGAUUCAACCGUGAACAGACUUGAAGACUCGGUGCUCCUCUGGAAGACGAUCGUCUCGAACCCGCUGCUUGCGAAGACGAGCAUCGUGCUGUUUCUGAACAAGGUCGACAUCUUCAAGGCGAAGCUCGAGGCGGGCAUCAAACUGAGCAAGUUCAUCCUCUCGUACGGGGACCGGUCAAACGACUAUGAGAGCACGUCGACAUAUUUGAAGCGGAAGUUCGCACAGAUCCAUAAGGAUCGAAGCCCGGAGCCGAGGAUGUUCUACUGCCAUUUCACGACAGUGACCGUAAGCAGAUCUCUCCUAUCUUUCAGCCAUCUCGUCUCACCGUGUCGUUAUUUUCAGGAUACCAAGUCCACGCAGCACAUACUUACAGACGAGGGCUUGAGACUGGUCGUGACAGGAAUCAUUAGUGUUGAAUAG